CACACUGGCGAAAGGCCGUACUUGUGCAACACCUGCGGAAAAUCGUUUACUAAAUCAUCAGCUCUUAAACGCCACAUAACCACGCACACGGGCGAGAAGCUCUACGUCUGCAAAACAUGUGGAAAAAGUUACAGGCAAAAUUCCAACCUGGUGGUUCACUCGAGGACCCACACUGGCGAAAGGCUGUACCUGUGCAACACCUGCAGCAAAACCUUUACUAAUUUAUCAGAUCUUAAACGCCACAUAACCACGCACACGGGCGAGAAGCUCUACGUCUGCAAAACAUGUGGAAAAAGUUACAGGCAAAAUUCCAACCUGGUGGCUCACUCGAGAAUCCACACCGGUGAAAGGCUGUUCGUGUGCAACACCUGUGGAAAAACCUUUACUAAAUCAUCAAAUCUUAAAAGCCACAUAAUCACGCACACGGGCGAGAAGGCCUACAUCUGCAAAACAUGUGGAAAAAGUUACAAAGAUUGUUCCAACCUGGUGAUUCACUCGAGGAUCCACACCGGUGAAAGGCCGUUCGUGUGCAACACCUGCGGAAAAACCUUUAUUAAAUCAUCACAUCUUAAAAGCCACAUAUCCACACACACGGGCGAGAAGCCCUACAUCUGCAAAACAUGUGGAAAAAGUUACAGGCUACGUUCCCAACUGGUGAUUCACUCGAGGAUCCACACCGGCGAAAGGCCGUACCUGUGCAACACCUGCGGAAAAACCUUUACUCAAUCAUCACAUCUUAAAAGCCACAUAACCACGCACACGGGCGAGCAGCCAUACUUGUGCAACACGUGCAACAAAGGUUUUAGCCGCAGAAUUGAUUUGCUGAGUCACAUGACAAAUCACCCGGAGGAGAAGUCUGGUGACUCGUGACAAAUGAAGCUCAUGUUGUCGUCCUCCGGGGGCAGCUGUCCACUCCUGUCUGACCCACAGAAGAAGAACCCGCAGAAGUCCAACCACCACCUCCUGUGGCUGAUGAGCCUAAUCCCCUCCCCACAAGGGUUGCAGGUUCAACCCGGAUUUAUGCUUCUCCGUCAACUUGACGCAGAGGGAACGAUGUGGUUGUGUACUUUUUUUUUUUAAUUCUGCAUUGAGUUUGUUUGAAUCCCUGUUCCUUCUUAAAAUCAUAUUUUUUGUUGCUGUUUGUAACUUGCCGUCUCUACGGUGCAAAUAAAGAGCUGUUAGUAUUUGCUGAA